GGAGAAGUUCAUCCUCAAGUGCGAAAGAUUGAAUAUGCGCCGGGGAACUACCCGAGAGUCACGACGGACAUGAAAUUAUCACACGUCCAGAUAACCAGAUGUGAAAACAGCGAGCUAUCUCGAGUUUCGAGUAUAAAGCGAGUGUGAUUCGUUUCGAGCAUUUCAAUCGACUGGAGGAAUUCAUCGAGUGAAUUUAUAGUGAAAAUCAACCGAGAUGACCGGUCUACUGGCUACACUACCUCUGCACCUCGCGUGUCAGUUGAUCAGCCAUGGGAAUCAUGAGGCGAUGAACGUGACGUUGGUCGAAGAUGCUUAUCUGGCAAACCAGACAGUCAAAAUACCUGCGGGUUACACCAUCUUUCCGGACGUCGGGGUCGCCUACAAAUUUUACAAAAAUAAACUCACGUGGAACGCAGCGAGGAAACAAUGCAUAUCGGAAGGUGCUUCGUUGGCGAUAAUAGAUUCUUUCAAAAAAGUAGAAUACGUGGCAGCCGUCAAAGACAAAACUCUUGGCGUACACACGGGUAUUCACAGACUAUACGACAGCACCGCCGAAUGGAAUGACAUAAGAACCGGUUUGCCCGUGUCCUUCGUACCUUGGAAACCGGACGCAAACUUAGCCACGACGACAGGACUCUGGUGCACCGCGUUGUGGUCUGACGGUAGCGGAGUGGGUCCCUGGAACUGCAUGAACGUGUUAGCCUCGGUUUGCGAGAUACCGUUGUACAGGACCGUAAAGAGCUCAGAAGCGCAAGCUCAACAAAGCACGUCCGACGCACUGUAUUUAAACUGAAUCGCAAUCAACCGAGAUAUAAUUAUGUCUGUAACGUGUAAAAUAUGCUCUAUGAAAGAAUAGAUAUCCUUUUUCUUA